GUGCAUUCAGCAAACUGAAUAAACUCAAAGUACUAAUACUAAACGACAAUCUACUGCUUUCCCUUCCCAACAAUGUUUUCCGUUUUGUUUUGCUAACCCAUUUGGAUUUGAGGGGGAACCGGUUAAAAAUGCUGCCUUUUGCUGGGGUAUUGGAGCAUAUUGGAGGAAUUAUGGAAAUUCAGCUGGAGGAGAACCCUUGGAAUUGUACUUGCGAUCUGAUCCCUUUGAAAUCCUGGCUGGAUACCAUCACGGUCUUUGUAGGGGAUAUUGUGUGCGAGACACCCUUUAGGCUACACGGGAAAGACGUCACGCAAUUAAUAAGGCAAGAUCUUUGUCCCAGGAAAAAUGCGGGCGAGUCGAGCCAUCGAGCAAUGCAACCCUCGUCUGAUUCGCAAUAUCAAGGUUCCUCUCCAACGUUGCACCCAGGCGUCACUCCAACGAGAGCGCCGAAGGCUUCCCGCCCUCCUAAAAUGAGAAAUCGCCCCACAGCCCGGGUAACAGCGUCUAAUAAAGAUAAGCAUGUAUUCGGGCCCAUUAUGGUUUACCAGACGCGGUCUCCUGUGCCGAUGACGUGCCCAAACAUCUGUGUCUGCACCUCCCAGAACCCAGACAGUGGAUUAAACAUAAAUUGUCAAGAAAGGAAAUUACACAAUAUUACAGAUCUUCAACCGAAACCAUCAUAUCCAAAGAAACUGCAUUUGACAGGAAAUUAUUUGCAAACGAUAUAUAGAACAGAUCUGACAGAAUAUAGUUCUCUUGAACUUCUCCACUUAGGAAACAACAGGAUAGCAGUUAUUCAGGACGGCGCGUUUGAAAAUCUAACGAUGCGCAGACUUUACCUGAAUGGAAAUUAUAUUGAAAGUCUGUCUCAGUCGCUAUUUGCUGGACUGCAGAGCCUACAGUAUUUAUACUUGGAGUACAAUGUUAUCAAAGAAAUAUUCCCUCAAACGUUUAAUUCCUUACAAAAUCUGCAGUUACUGUUCCUUAACAACAAUUUAUUAAGAUCUCUCCCCGACAGCGUUUUUGGGGGUACGAUGCUCACGAGACUUAACCUGAGGAACAACCACUUUUCUUACUUGCCAGUACGAGGAGUUCUGGACCAGCUUUCUGCUUUCAUUCAAAUUGAUCUCCAAGAAAACCCGUGGGAUUGCACCUGUGACAUUGUGGCGCUGAAAAACUGGAUGGAGCUGUCCAGCACCAGCGUGGUUGUUAAUGAAAUCACGUGUGACUCUCCCUCCAAACACGCUGGACGGCUCCUGAGGUCUUUAAGAAAUGAUGCUAUUUGCCCGGAACCUACCGAGGUCAUUGUAACCACGACACCCACAAUGCACGACGUUGAUACAGCUCCUCCAACCUCUGCAACCACCCCCACGGAACCGGUUCCGGAAAUUCACGCGGAGGUACCUCUGUCUGUUCUGAUUUUGGGUCUGUUAGUGGUGUUCAUACUUUCCGUAUGUUUUGGUGCCGGUCUCUUCGUAUUCGUCCUAAAACGACGCAAGGGGUUGAAACCGUCCAUCGAAUGCAAACAUUUGGACUUGAACUCCUUCCAGGUUCAGUACGGGUCCUAUGGCACAGAACCGAGCACAGACAAAGCCGAGGGUCACGUGUAUAACUAUAUCCCCCCCGUGGGUCAGAUGUGUCAAAACCCCAUUUACAUGCAGAAAGAAAGCGAUCAAGUUGCCUAUUAUAGAAACCUGAAGGAGUUGAGCUUCGGUACCCUGGACCCCAAAAAGGACGACAACUCUCGAAGUCCGGCAUAUACAAUAAGCACAGUGGAGUUCAUCGACAAACAACCGUGUGGAAAUCGGGAGCCUGAGCUGCUGUAUCAGAACAUUGCAGAGAGAGUUAAGGAACUUCCGCCGCAGGAAUGCUGAACUAUAGUUUCUGCACCUUGCCCAAAAGACCUUUCGUUCCCCCAUACGAGACAGCCAGGCGCUUAAACCAAGACAGGUUAACUAAAACUGUUCUGUAUGGGACGCCACGAAAAUAUUAUGCCGAACAGUCAAAGAACGAACACCCAUUGCU